AUGGAAACUGAAAUAAAAUCUCAACCCGAAGACCAUUUACCCAAAAAUGAGGUAUUGGCAAAUACAGAUGCAAAUAAAUUGCAAGAGUUACAAAACUCCCUCACUGAAUUUAUUGAUGGUACAGACACUAAUGAAAUAAUAGCUGAAGCUAAAACUCCCCUUCGAGAAGAAUCCACAACACCUAAUGAUAAGGAUGAUAUAAGUUUGAAAAAUGAUGAAACGGAGGAUCCAAAAGGUAAAACUAUUGACACUAAUAACAUUGAGGAUUCCAGGCCUAUUAAUGAUAUAAAUUUCCCCACCAAAGACCCAGAAUCAAUAAACAAUGAAGAAGCUACUCCUAUGGAGGUAGAUAGUGAAGACAAGAAAAUGGAUACUGAUUUGGUUGAGGAAAGUGAUGAUGAGCCUGUCAAAACCAGUGAAAAAGACUGUAUUGAAGUUAACUUGGAUGAUAAUACAAAUAUAGACCAUGAAGAUUCAGAAAAGGUGAAAAGUGAUACUGUGGAGUUAAAUGACAAGGAUCCAGAAUCUUCUAUUAAAGAUGUAGAUACAUCAUUAAACAAAGAAGAGUGUCAUAAAACAUUAGAUGUAACUCAAGAAAGUCCAAAAGUUGAUGAAAACAAAGAAGAAAUGGAGGAAAAAGAAGAAACAAGUGAAAAAGAGCAGGAAGAUGAAGUUGUUAGUGAAAAGGAAAAAGAACCUGAAAAAGAGAAAAAUGAUGAACCAAGUGAUAAAGAUGAAAAGGAUGCAAAGGAAACAACUGAAGAGUUGGACAAUUCAACAAUUGAAGAUAAUCACAGAGAGUCUGUUUUUGUGCAUGUGGACCCUGAAACUGAAGAAAAAGAUGGUGAAGAUACUGACAAAGACAGUGAGGAAAACAAAUUGAUAGAAGAAGAUCCAAUUGGAUCAGAUGCGUUUGAUUCUUUAAAUGAAGAUAGAGAAGGUGCAGAUGCUGAACUGUGCAUUAUACCAGAUUCUGAGAGAGUAAUAACACAAGAAGAAAAGGACGCUGCAGCUACAAUUCCGCCUCUUAAAGACAUUGCUACAGCUGCUGAAACUACUGAAACUUCCACUGAAACACCUGCUGCUGCUGUUAUUGAUGUUGUCAUUUCCAAAUUUGAAGGUGAAGAUACACAUCAAUGCAGUGAAUGUACUUUGCAAAAAAAAGUAAAAUUCAAAUACACCAAAGACUCAAACGUUGAAUAUUUGUGUGAUACAAAUUGUUUGGAGCAAUUUAAGUCAAAAAAUCCCACCGCCACGACGGAUUGGGAGGAAGCAACGUUAAGAGUAAAGGAUUUUACUUCCAACAAGGAGGAAGUAAUGUCAGUUGGUAAGUCUAGACUGUGUGCAUCAUGCAGUAAAGAGACAUUGGAUAUAGAAAAUAAUUUGACAUGGGAAAUAAUGGAUUUUUGCAAUGAGUUUUGUCUGAGCAAAUAUCAAAAAGAGCAUGGUUCUCAAUGCGCCACCUGUAAAAUUAACGUAAAACCGAAUUCUUUGGGUAAAUAUUGUGUGAGGUUUGGGAAUGAUAUAAGGCAAUUUUGCACCAGUACUUGUCUGGAGGAGUACAAGAAAGGCCUAAAGGUGUGUUCAUAUUGCCAGCAAGAAAUGUCUGGGGAUGUGGAGGGAUUCUUGGCACCAGUGGGAGAUAAAGGUCAGUUCAAAGACUUCUGUUCGCAAACAUGUUUGGAUAAGUAUGACAUCAUGACCAAUGACAGGCCGCCAAAAGUUGACGCUGGCACGAAAUGUUCGGUGUGUCAGAAAGACAACCCAAUUAAAAUUGAAUUUGAACUUGACAAAAGCAAAAACUUUUUUUGCAGUGACGUUUGCUUUGUGGCGUUUAGUUUUGUCAAUAACGUUUCAUCUGGCAAAUGCGCGAUGUGCAAAAGAUACUUCGGCAAAAAAUUAUUGGAAGAAAAUGCGAUGUUUUACGAUAAUUUACAGUUCAGUUUUUGUUCUAAUAGCUGCAAAAACAUUUACAUAAUUGCUCAUAGAAAAAUAGUACCUUGCAGCUGGUGCAAAGUAAAAAAAUAUAACUUUGACAUGAUUCGCCGAUAUUCCAAAACAAAUCCACAGAUUAAUAUGUGCAGUGUUAACUGUUUGAGCUUGUACCAAGUAUCAAUGAACGCCGUAACCGCCAAAAAGACGUCCUGUAAUUUCUGCCAAAAGGUACUUGCAGCUUUGUACCACCUAACAAUGUCCGACGCCACGAUUAGAAACUUUUGCUCUUACAAUUGCGUAAUGUCCUUCCAAAACCAAUUCCCUAAGCAACCAAUAACGCUGAACCGUCUGAACGAUACAGGCUUCCCGGUACCUACAGGGGCACCCAAGAAAAACAAACGUUACGAGAAAGAAAACAGCCCAGAGGUGCAACUUCCGGUUAUAACUAACGUACAGAGUUUGGCUACAAAUGGUACGCUAAGUCCGAAUCCUCCAGCAUUGCAACCAUUAACUAGAUCCACAAGAUCUAAAGGCACAACUUUCAAUUCGGUUGACAGUGUUGAUGAUUCGCUGCAACACCAAAUCAGGCAGCAUUUCAUAUUUAAACCGGCCCCCGUUCCCGAACAAAGAAACAUGGCAACAAUGUGCAAGGUACGUAACACGAACAAAGGCGUCCAAGCUAAGGCCACAAUGGUCAACAAAGAAAUCCAAACGGACACGUGGGAGCAACAAAAAAUUAUUAUACCCAUACCGGUGCCGAUCUACGUGCCCACGCCAAUGCACAUGUUUACCGCGCCAGUUCCAAUGCCCGUUCCGUUCCCGCUUCCGAUCCCCGUGCCGAUUUUCAUACCGACCAGUCGGAACUCCGCGGCGGGCAUUAUGAAGGAAAUCAAAAAAAUCCAAGUGAAAAUGCCGACCGAUCCCUACGAAGCCGAGCUGCUGAUGAUGGCCGAAAUGGUGGCAGAAGAAAAAAAAGAGGACCCCACUGAUUCCGAGAGCGACGUGGACGAUAACACCGGUGGCGAUGAUGGCACCUUCAGCCCCGAGCCGGUAGACGCCAGCAACACUUUCGGCGACGAUAUGCUGCAGAUGGCGCUCAAGAUGGCAACGGAGCUAGAAGAACCCGCUGUAGACUUGGAAGGAGCCCUUACUGCUAACACCAUCACUGCACCGCAAGGCCAUCAUUCAGCUACUCCACAUGCCAUAGGUGCGGAGCAAGCCCACGAAGAAAGCGUAGACGAAUCGCAGCCCAUGCAUCCGCAUCAGAUGAUGGAGAGGGCCGCUUUGAGAGGGCGCAAGCGCGGUAUGCGUCAACCGAAGCCGAGCGGCGCAAAGCGCGGGCGCAGAAUGUCGCAAAACGUCGACAUGCCGAUGAUGCAGACGCAAGCGCAGUCGCAAGCCCCGCCUCCGCCCGAGCCUGCUGAGAAACCCGAUGCCAACAUGUGCUUAAAGUACACGUUCGGCGUAAACGCAUGGAAACAGUGGGUGACUACUAAGAAUACGGAAUUGGAGAAAUCUUCGCGGAGAGUGAAACUGUUUAAAACGGAAAUUCUUCAGUUAACGGCGGAUGAGUUGAAUUAUUCGCUGUGUUUGUUCGUGAAAGAAGUCCGCAAGCCCAAUGGGGCGGAAUAUGCCCCGGACACAAUAUACUAUUUGUGUUUGGGCAUACAACAAUAUCUAUUCGAAAACGGCCGUAUCGAUAAUAUUUUUUGCGAUCCGUAUUACGAGAAGUUCACUGAUUGUUUGGACGAAGUGGCCAAGAAGUUCUCGGUUUUGUACAAUGAUUCGCACUACAUCGUUACAAGAGUGGAGGAGGAACAUUUGUGGGAGAGCAAACAACUGGGCGCCCAUUCCCCGCAUGUGCUCCUCAGCACACUGAUGUUUUUCAACACAAAACACUUCAACUUAACUACUGUCGAUGAACACAUGCAGCUUUCAUUUUCGCACAUCAUGAAACAUUGGAAGAGAAAUCCAAAUCAACCAGGAGCGUCAAAAGUACCAGGGUCAAGGAAUGUUUUGCUUAGAUUUUAUCCGCCACAAAGCGCUAUACAAAAUAACGCUAGAAAAAAGAAGGUUUACGAGCAACAAGAAAAUGAAGAAAACCCUUUGAGAUGUCCUGUGAAACUAUAUGAGUUCUAUUUAUCUAAAUGCCCGGAGAGCGUUAAGACUAGAAAUGACGUAUUUUAUUUGCAACCUGAGAGGUCUUGCGUGCCAGACAGUCCGGUGUGGUAUUCCACAAUGCCACUGCCUAGAGAAGCAUUGGAAAAAAUGUUGCACAGAGUGAAAAUGGUGAAAGAAAUCAACGUGGCUCUUCUAACAAGUUAA